AUGUCCCCGUACCGAUUUGUGUUUGGGAAAAUGUGCCAUUUACCUGUAGGGGUGGAACAUCAAGCCUACUGGGCAGUCAAAGAAAUGAACAUAAACACCGAGGUUGGAACUGCAGAAAGGAGAAUGCAGCUACAAGAGCUUGAAGAGCUCCGUCUGGAUGCCUAUGCCUCUGCCAUGUGGUACAAAGAAAAGAUCAAAAUGUGGCACGAUAAGAACCUUCGCAAGAAGGAACUCAAGGUGGGCCAGAGGGUACUGCUGUUCCAGUCCAGACUGAAAUUGAUGCCAGGAAAGCUCAGAUCAAGGUGGAUAGGUCCUUAUACCAUUAUUGCCCUCCGAAAGAAUGGAGCAAUCGAACUCCAAGGAAGCAAUCCAGAUUCGCCUUCCUUCAUGGUGAACGGUCAUAGGGUAAAGCCAUACAGAGAAGGAAUGGAGGCAUUUGUGGUGGACAACAUUCCACUACUCAUGCCUGACUAUCUCCAGUGA